GUGCGCGGCGGGGCGGCGCCGCCGGCCGUUUGCCGCCGACCGUUGCGGCCGUUGCCGGCGGCCGUUGCCUAGCGAGGCGCUGUCAACAGCCGUGCGAGCGGCCCACGCGCGGCCCGCCGGCCCCACAGGCGGCUGCCCCGAGGCCCGGAGCAGGUUUGGAGCGGGGAGCGACGGGGACGGGGCUGGGGGGAGCCUCCCCACCCCGCCUCCUGCCGCUUAGCCGGCAUUUUGCUUUGCGUUUGUUUUUUAGGAAAUAGUGCAGAAAAUUGCAAAUGAAGUGAACACGGGAAUUGUAAGAGAUCUUGUAAUGACUUCAUGAAUACUGAGUGGGGAGCACGAGAUGGAGGCCGGCAUGGAGGAGAUCCCGGUUAAAGUUGCAAUAAGGGUCAGACCUCUGCUUUCCAAGGAAGUACUUCAUAACCAUCAAGUGUGCGUGAGAUUAGUCCCAAAUACACAACAAAUUAUCAUUGGGAAAGACCGUGUCUUCACUUUUGAUUUUGUAUUUGGCAAAAACUCAACCCAAGAAGAAGUUUAUACAGUUUGCAUUAAACCUCUUCUAGUGUCUUUGACUGAGGGAUAUAAUGCUACAGUAUUUGCAUACGGACAGACAGGUUCUGGGAAGACUUACACCAUUGGAGGUGGUCACAUUGCAUCAGUUUCAGAGGAUGAAAAGGGCAUAAUCCCACGGGCUAUUCAGGAAUUAUUUCAGCAUAUUUCUGAAAACCAUAACAUUGAUUUCCGUGUGAAAGUAUCUUAUAUAGAGGUUUACAAGGAAGAACUUCGAGAUUUAUUGGAGUUGGAGACCUCUGUGAAAGAUUUACAUAUCCGAGAAGAUGAAAAGGGAAAUACAGUGAUUGUCGGUGCUAAGGAAUUCCAAGUAGAAUGUGCAGAUGAAGUGAUGAGCCUGCUGGAAAGUGGUAAUGCAGCUCGUCACACAGGCACAACACAAAUGAAUGAACACUCUAGUCGAUCGCAUGCCAUUUUUACUAUCAGUAUUUGUCAGAAACAAUCUGCAGAGUCUCAAAAAAACAGUGAUGUUCCACAGGAUUCGUCUUGGAAAUCAGUCCAGAUGAUUGCUUCAAAGUUCCAUUUUGUGGAUUUGGCAGGAUCAGAGAGGGUGACAAAGACCGGAAAUACCGGUGAACGAUUCAAAGAAUCAAUUCAGAUCAAUAGUGGUUUGUUGGCCUUGGGAAAUGUCAUCAGUGCUCUUGGAGACCCAAAAAGGAAAAGCGUACAUAUACCAUACAGGGAUGCUAAAAUCACUCGCAUUCUGAAAGACUCCCUAGGAGGAAAUGCCAAGACUGUCAUGAUAACAUGUAUAAGUCCAUCUUCAUCAGACUUUGAUGAAUCUUUAAAUUCGCUCAAAUAUGCAAACAGAGCCAAAAACAUUAGAAAUAAACCAGUUGUAAACUACAACCCUGAUCAAGACCGGAUUGAUGAAAUGGAACUUGAAAUCAGAUUGCUCCGAGAAGCUUUGCAGAACCAACAAGUCAGUAAUCAGUGUUCACACGACGUAAAUCAAGAAAGAACCCGAAUCAGUUUGCUAGAAGAACAGCUCACCCGGCUCCAAGUUCAGUGCUUCAGCUACAGAAACUGUUUAGAUGAAGCCUUCCCAUUCCUGGUUGAUUUGAAUGAUGAUGUUAGCUUAAAAAGAAGUCAUCGGGACAGGUUGCAAAGUUGGAUCAACAUGGUACGGGAAGUAAUGAAGGAAGCUCUCACCGUGCAGCAAAUUGACACUGGAACCGGGACCAUGCAAGAGCCCCAUCACAUCACAAUUCUUCAGCUGAAGAGAGAACUAAAGAAAUGCCAGCAGGCUCUAGCUAUGGAUGAAGAAGUAUUCAGCCAGAAGGAUCAUGAAUUGAAGAUAUUGCAGAAUCAGAUAAAGACAUUAAUACAGGAAAAUGAAGAGCAACUGGAAUCUUUAAAGAAGGCUCAAGAAACACAUAGAUUACAGAAUGAAAAAAUGGUGGACCAGCAAAUCCUUAUUGAUCAGCUAAAAGAAAAAUUAGAGAAGUCUGUGGUUGUGAAAACUUUGGACUUCUCAAGUGCUUGUGGAGAUGGGCCUGCUGUUACUGCAUCUGCAAGAAGGCCAUAUAGUGUCCCACUCACAAAGAGUCUGCUACACUCCCUUCACCCAUCUUCAGGGACAGAGACACGAAAGGUGUAUACCAGUCCCCCUGCUUUUUCCCUGGCUCGGAUGAUGGCAGGAUUCCGUGCUCGUAGCCAGAUGAUACUGAGCUACUUAGAAGAUCAAGAUGAAGUCCUUCACUGCCACUUCUCUGAUCAGAGUGAUGAAGAGAAAGAAAAUACAGACAGUAAAAAGCAUUCAAUAAACCAAACAUGGACACGAAAACGGGCUUCUCUGUGCUUUCCCUUUGAGCUAAGUGACAUGAAAUGUCAAGUAGACAAGUCCAAUUUAUGUAACAAAUCUGUGCUACAGACUGAUACAGCCACAGGUGAAGAAAUUGACUGCCUCCAGAAAAGUCAUGUUUUUAACAUGCAGAAGCUAAAGAAUUCAGAAUUGAGACUCACUGAGGCCAAGCAAAAAAUGAGAGAACUUGCACUUAACAUAAAAAUGAAAGAAGAACUUAUUAAGGAAUUAGUAAGAACAGGUAAGGAUGCACAGUCUGUAAGCAGGCAAUAUUCUUUGAAGAUAACUAAACUGGAACAAGAGUCUGAGCAGGCCAAAAUGGAACUGGCUGAAACACAAAAGCAGCUUCAGGAGCUGGAGAAUAAGGAGCUGAGAGACAUUCCUGAGAAAGCCAAGUUACAAAAAGAGUUCCGGAAGAAGAUGGAUGCAGCUAAGCUGAAAGUGCAGGCCUUACAGAAGAAGAAGCAAGACACUAAGAAUCUGGCUUCUCUAUCUAACCAAAGUGAAAAACGAGCAAUAGAACUUGAGCAGAACGUGGCUCAGAUGAAGCAUCAGCAGACCCUGCUAGAGAAAAGACUGCGUGAGGAGAGUGAAAAAAAGAAGCAACUAGAAGCAGAGAUUCAGCGCGACCAGCUACAAAUUAAAGAACUUCAGCUUAAGAUGGAACAACAACAGAAGAUUCUUAAACUUAAAGACAGAGAGAUUGCUGCAUUUAAAAAGAAGAAAAAUAACUCGGUGGGAACUUUACAGAAAUCAGAGAAAUUAGAAGAGCAAAAGAAAUGGCUGGAUGAAGAAAUGGAAAGAAUUCUUCAACAGCACCAACAGUUAGCGGAACUAGAAGAAGAUUUAAAGAAAAGAGAAGCCAUUGUAGCUAAAAAAGAAGCAUUAUUGCAAGAGAAAAACCACCUAGAAAUCAAGAAACUGAGAUCUAGCCAGGCUUUAAACAAAGAUAGUAUGAAAUUGUCUACUCGCUUAAGUAUGCUGGACCAGGAAUUGUGUGAUAAAGGAAUGCAGCUUCAGGAUAGCACUACUGAAGAUAAGACAGACAUUCUGGAAAAAAUUCAGGUUCUUCAGAAGGAAAGGGAUCAGCUACUCAGAAGAAGAAAUAGUGUGGAUGAGAAACUGAAAGAGGGUAAAGUGUUGUCAGCUGAAGAGGAACAUGUCCUUUUCCAGCUGGAAGAAGGAAUUGAAGCCCUGGAGGCUGCUAUUGAUUACAAGAAUGAAAGUAUUCAGAGUCGCCAGUACUUGCUUAGAUCCUCUUCACAGAUCCUUUCACAGAGUGAGGAUAAUGUAAUAGGAAAACUAGUUUCCUUGUCUGCUGAUGAGCUCAGAGCUAUCCUCUUCAAAUACUUUAACAAGAUUGUUGGCCUGCGAGAGUCUGAACGUAAAUUACAACUGCAGACUGAAGAACAGGAAAUGAAGGUCAUAGACCAGGAAAACAUAAUACGUGAAUUGGAAUCUGCACUUGAGCACAUCAAGUUGCAGUGUGACAGGCAGCUGACGCUACAACACAGAGAACAUGAGAGAAAACUGCAGUUGAUACUGCAUCAUUUCAAAGAACAAGAUGGUGAAGGUAUUGCAGAAACCUUGAAAGAGUAUGAAGUAAAAGUCCAACAACUGGAAAAAGACUUAUUUUUCUAUAAGAAAACCAGCAGAGAGCUGAAGAAGAAAUUGAAGGGCUUUUUUGGAGAGUCAUCCCAUCAACUAAUGGCACCUACUAAAUGUAACAGUGCUGGUGACAGGGCAUCCAGUCAAGAUGAAUCGCAAGCUGCUUCUGAGGAAUUCAAGCUAACCCAUAACCCUGAAACCAACAGUCAAGCAGGAAAAAUAAAAGAAGCAGACAGAACAAAUAUUCUGAGAGCACGACAGAAUUCAUACAAGCUUGGAGAAGAUGUAUCAGAAUUUGGAUGCAACAAAGAGUGUUUGUCAAGCACUAGUGAUGACAGAAUAGGAAGAGAUGAAGCUCAGCCUUCAAAAUCUCAUCCUCAGCUACCUUCUGUCACCCACAGAAGAGAGACCAUAACACAAUUUCAAGGAGUAACCUCUGUAAAACUAUCUCGCCGAGAGCUACGUCAUAUCCCUCCCUCUGAAUUAUCUUUGAGGCGCUCAAGCCUUGGUGCAGGUGUCAGUUUUAUUGCUCCAGACUCCAUCGAAAUGGACAAAAAGUCUAGUAUCACUAAGACAUAGUUACUCUUCAUUGAAUUUUAAUAGCUGUUGGUACUGAAGGUACUGUGUUAGAUUUCUUUGUUGACGGUCUUGUUAAGUAGCAGCCAUGGAUGAACAACUUAAUCCCCUUUAGUUCUACUGGUCACUAUCAAGUCAUUAGGUGCUUGUGAUGUUCACACAGUUUGAGUGAAUCUGAGAUGGAUUUUAAUUAAUGCAGUAUCUAUGGACGUAUCAUUCAAAGACCUUUUAAUGUUGAAGAAGUAAUUUAUAUUGUUUACUUGUUUUUAUUUCACUAACUUAAAAUAUUUUUCAAAAAUUGCACUGUGAAGUGCACUGUACCUGUGUAAUUUAGGUUUCCUGAAAGAACAUUUUGCUUCAUUUUAUUGGAUCAGAAACAAUAACAAACUACAUAAUUUAUUUCACUAUAUAACUAGAAAAUACAGUUUCCAGAAUCUUACCUAGUAUUGAUAAUGACUGACUUCUGUAUGCUUUUUUCAAAAUACAUUUUAUACAAGCCAUGCUUGAGAUUAAAUUUGGUGCCUAAAGAUAAACUUGUUAUUGAAAAGGAAUGUGAAAGUAUUUUAAAAAUAUAUAUCUAAUUACUUUAAAUGUCCUGUCGCAUGACCCAGAAGUUUUUUGUUUUUCAAAAAAAAUAUAUCUUUAAUUCAAAAUAAUUGUUAUGGUCUGGUUGUGAAAUUAAGAGAACUGCUUAUUUCACUUGAAGGUUUUGUUUGUUGGGGCUUUAAAAAAAUUGCACUUUGGGAAUCUCAAAGCGUGUUGUUUGUUUCUGUACCGUUACAGCAGAAAAAAGAGGAUAAAAUUCAGCAUUUUCUAGGUAAGCUAGAUGGACAAAUACAGUAUUUUCUUUGUUCUAAUUACUCAUGUCUUUUUUUUAGAAGAUAGACAAAUAAUUCUUUUGGAUACCCUAUCUGCUUCAGAGCAAGGGCUACAUGUAUCCUUUGAUUUACUGUUGUUGGUAAUCAGUUCAGGAUGAAAAGCAAACCUUUUUCGUGAGAGUACAGUACUCACUGAGAAGCAUACACUUAAUAGCUGCACAAACUUGAAUGCAGAGAGCAGAAUGUCUGCACUUAAGUGAAUUUAACACUUUUAUCCAUAACUCUCUCCAACAUAUCAAAAGAGGCACUUUUGAAAGUAAGGUUAGUUUUAUAUUAGCGGUGGACUACAAGUGGGCAUAUUUGAAAAUGUUGUUGUGGAUUAUUAGACGUACUAAGCAAAGGGAUUUUUACUCUGCUGUUUUCUGGGCAAGUAGUGUAUAGCAUGUGUGGCUGUAGAUAUGAAAGGACUGCAUUUUUCCUUGCUGCAAGCACAGAAUAAAUUUGUCCACAUCAUGAAGUGGCUGUUACAACAUGAUAAAUGGACCUAUUGUCUUGUGGCACAUUUACAAUUUUUCUGAGUAGAUUGCAAAAUACUAUAUUCUAAAUGGUUAGGUAAACCAUACUUAAUUAUUCCAUCUUGUUCAUCUCAAUUGUGAGAUAAGAAUCGUCAUCUUUUUGUUGGAUUAUUUCUACUUUCAUGGAAGUAACAAGUCUUGCUAAUGUUAAGUUUAAUAUUAGUGUCUAUAUUAUUCACUCCAUGUUUGUUGUCAAAGAGCAAUAAACAAACAAGUAAAUACAGUUUAAAAUGUGUACUUAUUUACUACUCUUUAUUAGGUGAAAGAAUUGCUAAAGGAAUUUCUUCUUCGGAUAAUACUGCGUAUUAUCAUAUACCUGACACUACUCUACAAAUAAGUAUGAAUUCCUCUUGAAG